UGGCUGAGUUUAGCAGACUAGACAGUAUAGCUAAGCUAGGGUCGACGACACUGGUCAUGGCCAUGGAGUACACCUCAAGGCGCUGGCUGGCCGCGGUGGCGGCCAUCGUCCUGCUCUCGUGCGCCCCGGCCCUGGCGGCGGCGGCCGGCCGGAAGCUGCUGCAGAUCCAGAUCAGCCAGGCGCAGCAGUACGUGGUGCCGCAGAACCACAUGCGCGCGAUCCACGAGCAGCGCCCGCUCAAGUGGAGCAGCGGGCUGGCGGACCAGGCGGAGCGCUGGGCGGCGCGGUUCAAGGGCAACUGCGCGGCCGCGUCGGCGGCGAUGCCGGGCGGCGUCAAUGUGUUUCGCGGCUUCGGCGAGGCCGGGAAGGCGUGGCAGCCCAGCGACGCGGUGGCGGCGUGGGCGGAGCAGGCCAACUACUUCGACUUCGCGUCCGGCGGCUGCGCCUCCGGGAAGCUGUGCGCGCAGUUCAAGCAGGUGAUGUCCAAAGGCAACACAGACGUCGGGUGCGCCACCGUGAAGUGCGCCGACGGCACCACGCUUAUGACCUGCCACUACUCGCCGCUGGGCAACAUCUUCGGGGAGAAGCCCUUCUGAUCCCGUCGAUCUCGUCCGUCAAGCCGGCCGUCUCGUGCCGCGUGUGUUUCUGGUUGAGUCGUCUUGCCAUGCUUUGCAGUUUACUACUAUUACCCACACUUAUAUUAAACUUCCGGUGAACCAGUGUGUAUUUUGGAGUUAAUUUUUAGUUCAGACUUUUGACGUUGUUGCUUUUGCA